AUGUCGGACAAGGACUCGGCCUCGGCCAACUUACCAGGUCCCCCUCCAGCAUGGCAGAAGACUGUGGGCAAAGCUGACAAGGAAAGCUUAUAUGAUGAGCUCUACGAUGGAAAAGCUCCACAAUCUACUGAGAGCAAUAUACGAUAUGCAGCUUAUGCUUCUCGUAUACGGACGGCCUUGCUAUCUGCACAUCGAUAUGUAGCUUACACGUCAGACAUCGGCGAAUCCUUUCGGCCAGUUGCACAUCCAACUCUUGUCCGAACAGCAUACGGAAUCUCGUGGGCAUACUUAGUUGGAGAUGUGGCAUAUGAAGGAUACAAGGCAUAUUGCAGCAAUCAGCGAAUACUGCAUCCAGAACUCCCUCGCGAAGCCGCUCACCAGCGAUAUAACGAUGCAAAGGCGGAUAUUCCCACCAUACCUAGCGAUGACGGGCUAGCGCCAGCAUCGGGCAAGGUUUGCCCCCUCGAAGACUACCGCACAGUUAUGGUACAACGAGCUCUAUUUCAGGGAAUUGCCUCAAUGGGACUUCCUGCGCUCACAAUCCACUCCAUCGUCCGCUAUUCUGGCCAAGCGUUGAAGGGUGUGAAGAAUGUGAAGCUCCGAACGUAUGGCCCCAUAGGGCUGGGGUUGGCGGCUGUGCCGGCGUUGCCAUAUCUGUUUGAUAAACCUGUUGAACAGGGUGUGGAGUGGAUAUUCCACGAAGGAUUCAGGGCUUUCGGGGGACGGACCUAUGUUGGGGACACUCCUUUAACCGGACGUGAGGCCGCCCUGGAGCGACAAGACCCGAAGAUAUCCAAGAAGGAGAAAGAGUUGUAA